ACCAUGGGAGACGUGCUGCUUCUUCACCUGCUCUUUUCAGUCUUCAUCUUCCAUACCCACGCCCACACCAACGUUCACACGCACGCCCACACCAACGUUCACACCCACCACACCUUCUCUCAUAGAAUAAAGAGAGAUCUUCUAGGCGGACACAUCCAUCACGACCAAAAUAUGAGCCAUCAGAAAGAUCAAGAUCCACUUUUAUUCAGCGACCGUGACACUUCAGACGAGUUUAAAGGAGCCAAAAGUUCUCCUUCCUCUUCUAACUCUCCCCCUAACUCAUGGCUGUACAAGUUCCCUCCAUGGUUUCUGCCCGGCAACCCCGCACCAGAAGGCUUCCACUCCCACAGCGACAGCCUCAAAAUUUCAACACCAGAGUUCUCGAAGGUGGACGAUGGCGACGUCCUCAUCAUCGACAACUUCGGUGUCAGUGAUCCUGUCGGCCAGACCAACAACGUAAAAAUUCCUGGCACCUCUCCGUUCAGAGACGAAGUUGUUCAGACGCUUAUUGAUGUGAAAUUCAGUAGCGGCCAAAAUCCCCUUUCCCAGGGUGGUAAGACCGCUUUUGAGGGUGUGCCUGAUGAAGUGGUGACACCCUGGCUUGUGCCUCAGAGCGUGCCGCAGCCACCUCUGUUAUCUCCGGCACCUACUGUGCCCUUCUCGUUCCAGGACGACAACACUGGUUUCGACAACAACCAAGUACAAGACCGACCUCACCAAGGCAAGUUUCACGUCGGAAUCACCGCUAGGCGGCCACAGUCUAGCUUAUCUCCCGUAUUUAACACUAAACAAAAUCUUCUCACUAAGGCUGUAUUGGUAAACCCGACUCCAGCAGCAUUUUUAAACAGGGGGUUCCAGCCUAGUCCACCUGACUUGCCGCCCACUGUGCGUCCCACUCAUGCUGCUCAGGAAAAGCAUUCUCCAAGUACUCCAGCCAGCUUUCGGGCGUCAAAGCUAAUCUCAGUAACACGUGUAGGCGAUGACUCGACUCUUGGGAACCCAGUAAUUGCAUCGCAGGGACAGCAACACAGCGUUGAGAAUGGUAAAUUUGACAAAAUCAUCAGUGAUAACUUCUUCAGAGACCAACAAACAGUUCUGCUCAAAGCAUCAGCCCGAUCACAGUUGUCUACAAGCCAAAAUCCUAGUCACGACAACAACGUGGGAAACACCCGGUCGUUUAGUAAACAAGAUGGAUCCUUAUGGGUGCCAGUGCCCUUCAUUCCUGGCGGGCCUGUGCCCAGCCUCCAGCAACAUAGCCGACGGCUGUCAAGUAAUAGAAAUCAAAAUGGGGAUCUUCCCCAAGCAUUACGGACUUUUGCCGUCAGCAACCUCCAACUGAGACAGCAGAAUGAAGGAGAAUCCAGACCUGAGUCUUUCCAUUUUCCCACUAGCAUUCAGGAUAUCAUUAACAGCGACAGCGACACAGCGCAGCAACUGCAUCAACUGAGAAACCCUAACAUACCUGCCACCAAGAGCGGUGGAACUGCAAGCAAGGAAGAAAGAAAUGAUAAAUGGUUUUGGCCGACCUCCUGAUUAGUGGACGUGAUCAACUUGGGUGGUGUGUCUGGACAUAUCUUGAUUGAAAGCGUCCUUAAUGACAGCUGAACAAGUUUUGAUAGAGUACUGAGUGCUACAAAGCGACACUUUCCGUCAUGGAAAGGUUUAAGUCGAUGAUGUGGCCUCCACUUCCCAAGAAAACAUGAAAAUAUCCUCUAACGACUUCAAGUAGAAGCCGGUAAACUACAGAAAUCUAAAAACUACUAAACACAUUUUGUUUACCUUAUGAAAAUUAUUUUAUAUCGAUGCUCCACAAGGUAAAAGGUCUACUUUCCCUACAAAAGUCAGAAGCAACCUAAACAACUAGCUUAGUCUCCUAAGGCAGAUCGUCACCGCGUUGAGGAUACAGGUAUCUUCUGUUUUAAUUUAUAUUGUAUAUCUUAUCCCAGGUAUUUACCUCGUUAUGAGACGUUUUGUAAA